AUGGCUGGAAGAAACGACGCUGUGAUUGCUGGUGCAUUGGAGGCUAUGGCUCAGGCUUUGGGAAAUCAGCCGAACAUUGGUGAGAAUGAGACCGAGAGAAUCUUCUAUGUGAUGGAUUGCACUCUAGAGAAGAAGGUUCGGUAUGGUACUAACAUGCUAGCGGUGGAAGCUGAAGACUGGUGGUUAGAGACUCGUCAAAGGUUGGAAGUUGCUGGUGAGGAAGUGACUAGGGUUGUGUUUCGUAGGGAGUUCCUGAGGAAGUAUUUUCCUGAGGAUGUUCGUGGAAAGAAAGAGAUCAAGUUCCUUGAGCUGAAACAAGGGAGCAUGUCGGUCACUGCUUAUGCUGCGAAAUUUGGUGAGCUGGCUAAGUUCUAUCAGCAUUAUGAUGGACCUACUGGAGAGUUCUCGAAGUACAUCAAGUUUGAGAACGGGUUGCAUCCAGAAAUCAAGAAGACUAUCAGCUAUCAGAAGAUUCAGAUAUUUGCUGAUUUGGUGGAUAGCUGCCGGAUCUAUGAGGAAGACAACACUACUCAUUAUAAGAUGAUCAGUGAGAAGCGAAGCUAG